AUGAAUAAUUUCCUGCAAAAGAAAUGCGCACAACGAAUCACAUGUCCAAUUUCGGUCGAGACUGCUUGUAUUUUGUAUACGGUGACAAACUCUGCAAUGGAAAUCCUGAAUAGGGUUGGGGCGGGUUGUGGGCAGACGACAUACAAGAAAAAGAAAAACCCAUUACGAUUUGCAGGCGUGCAGUUCACAGGUGCACCAAGAGGCUCUCCUACAGUAACUUGGACAUGGGUAGACUGA